AUGUAUAUGUAAACUAAAUCUUUUAUAGCAAGUUUCAUUAAACUGUUAAAUCAAGGCUUUAAUCAUGCAAGUUGUUUCCAUUUUAAAGUUUGAACAUGCUGGAAAGUUUAGUUGUCGUCCAAGUUUGAAUGAACAAGAUUUUGAUGGUUAUUUAGACUACCUUGCUUCUUUAAAUACAUACUAUGAUAACAAUGAUGGAAAUGAUUCAAUGUGUUUACCACAAAUAGGAAAGUUGUGUGCUGCAUACACAUCCUUUGGUGAUUCUGAUAAAAAGUUAUGGUAUCGUGGUAAAAUGACAACUAUUUUUACUAGCAUCGGUGGAUUUAUUGCACGACUCUUUCUGGUUGACGAAGGACACACAGUGUGUGUUACAAAAGCAAGAUUAAGAGUCUUACACUCCAAGUUUGAAAAUUUCCCUCAUCAGUUUAUCCAGUGUUUACUUGAUGGUAUUGUUCCUGUCAGUUUGUCUCCAGAUAUUAAUCUUCAGAUGUCAAUGCAGAAAUCACAGUAUUUUGAUAACUCAGCCACAAAGUUUGUAGAUAAUAUCAUUAAUGGUAAAAUUACUGCUAUUAAAGUAGUUUCAGAGAAUUCGGAUUGCUCGAAAAAUGUUAUAUUGUAUGUACAAGAAAAAAGUUCAUGGUGUAAUGUUAAUGAAUUGCUUGUAAAUUCUAAUUUUGCCUCUUGUUCUUCUUGCCCCUCAGUCCCUCAAUCAAAUGGUUUAAACUGUUCAAAUGAUUUUCUUUCAAAUACUUUAAAUCAAACAAACUAUAAUGUAUCUCAACUAAAUGCUUCCAAACAUAAAAAUUAUGAUGCUCCUCCACAAAAUGCCAAAAAACAUUCAGAAAAAUAUGACACAUUUCAACACGAUGAAUUUCAAGAAGCAUCUUCACAUAAUUCCAGUAGUCAUUUAAGACAAACUUCACUAUUAAUAAACAAACCUGAAUUACAAUCUAUUGAAACUUUUAGUAACUAUGAAACUUUACAAAAGCAGACUUAUGAACAUCAAGCAGUGUAUAAUGGCUAUACAAUUUCACAAAAAGAAAGUUAUGAACAACUAACUGUGUGUGAUGAUUUUGAUCAUACGAUUUCACAAAAACUUAAAGAUGAGCAACAAGAAGUGUGUAGAAGUUAUGCAAACAAAGACUCUGAAGAAUUACAGAAUUUGCUUAAUAGUACUCACAAUAGUUUUACUCCUAAAAACAUUUGCAAUAAUAUAUCUUUAAAUUUUUCAGAAAAAGAAAAUACUACCAAGAUUCAAUCCUCGGAAUUAAAAAAAAAGAUUCCAUCUAAAGAAAAUAAUGAAGCCAAAGAAUUUUUAGAAAUAUUACCUAAUGAUUUUCAAAAUGAACAAACUUCUCCUAAAAAUAAUCAAUUUCGUAUGAUUGAUAGCCAUUCUAUUACGCCUAAGUCUUUUAGUCCAUUUGUAUUUCUUAAUUCAAAUGAAAGCUCAACAAAUGGUUCAGAUUUAAUUGAUGCAUAUCCCGUAUUAAAAGCUCUCUCUGUUGGGUGUGAGUCAAGUUGUUCAACAAACACUGAUGACAUCUUUGUUUAUGGUAAACUAAAGAGAGCUCCAUUUGAAAGAAUAUCAAAUUUGAAUUUGCCACUUCCUCUAAAAAGAAAGGUUAUAGAUUUAGGUUUUGAGUUACCUACUCGAUUUCAGUCGCAUUUAUAUCCUGCUGUGGUGGCGUUUCGACAUAUAGUUUGUAUACCUGAGCCUAACAGUUCUUAUGUUUCAAAAAUACUUGCAUAUAUUUUACCAAUCGCAAAGAGUUUAGUUAAUGAUGAAAAUAAAAGUUUUGGCAAGGGAAAUGGGCCAUUAGUGCUAAUAUGUGUCUCUGAUUGGGUUGAGGCUCAACAAGUGUAUGAUGUUUGUUCAAAUCUGGUUAGUUAUUACAAAAAGACUGUGCGUGUUGAUAUCUUUUAUGGUGGCAUGGGCAACGAAGAGGAGCACAAUAUUAGGUUGAUCAAUGGUUGUGAAAUACUUGUCGUAACAAUGCCUGCUUUAAUUAGAAUUCUUUAUAAUGAAUUCACAAAUCUAAAACGUUUGCGCCAUCUUAUUUUUGACAAUGCAGAUAUUUUAGUAGAAAAAUAUACUGAAGAUAUAAAAAUUUUUAUGAGGCUAUUUGUUCAAACGUUGAAGGAAAUGAAAAGAAGUGAAUCUACACAACAAAUAAUUGUUAUGGCAAAGAAGUGGUCCUAUGGAGUCCGGUCUUUUAUGAAUAGCUACCUUGCAGAGCCUUUAGUAAUAAUUGGAAAUAAAAUUGAAGCAGCAUUGUUUGCAGAAGUACCGAUGGUAGUACAAUUGUGCAAUUCUGUUGAAAGAUUAGACUAUUUAAUAGGUUUUCUUGAAACUGAUGCAAAUGACAAGAACACAAUAAUAUUUACAAACUCAGCAAACAAUGCAGAUGAACUACAAGACCAGUUAACAAGAUACAGCAUAUUUGCAAAUGUAAUAACUGAGUUCAUGUCUCCGUCUUCAGUAAAAGAUGUAAAACUUGCAUGGAAUGCUUCACUAAAGAAAAAAAAUAAUUUUUUAAUAAUGAGCGAUAAAUCAGUUUUAAGCUCUGGAAUCAAAAAUGGAUCAUGUAUUGUUCAUUAUGAUUUUUGUUGUAGUAAGAGUGAUUUUGGGAAUCGAUUAAAUUGCUUGCAAGAGGUUAUGAGAGAAAAUGAGGAUUCAGUUUCCAAGAAAGAGUUAUGUGUAUUGAUUUUUGUAACAGAAUUAGAUAAUGGCAUGCGAUACUCUACAGGUCUUGUUAAACUUCUAAAAAGGUCUGGUCAAGAAGUGUCUGAAGAAUUACAAUCUAUGGCUAUUUCCUCACAUGAGAUAAAGGAAUCUCAAAAAGAAUUCAAUGAGUUUUGCUACCAAAUAAAGAUGCUUGGUUAUUGCAAUGACAUCAGUGACUGUAUUCAGAGGCAUACUGCUUUUCCGCAACAAGAUUUUAUUGGAUUAUGUCCGUCAGCUGGUUAUGUGAAGGUUGUUAUUCUUUCUGUAAUUGAUGCAUCAAGCUACUGGGGUCGCAUUAUAGAACAUAAUUUACCAUUUAAAAAAGAAAACACCUCAUAUCCUUCAAUGCAAUAUGUGAAGUUAGCUAUAGACAUCCAGCUUUAUUAUGCUAACAAGAGUUUUCAUCAACAAUGUGUUUCGAUAAAGAAAUAUGAUAUGUGUGUUGUAAAAACUGAAUGUGGAUAUCAAAGGGUUCGAAUUGAUAAAAUUGUUGAAAAAGAACUAGAAAGACCAAAAAAAUUUCAGGUGUUUGGCAUUGAUAGUGGAAUGACCUUAACUGUGAUGUACACAGACUUGCUAGUAUGUCCACUAUCAUUUCAAAAUAUACCUCCACAGGCUGUUGAAAUCAUAGUGUGCUCUGUGAAGCCAAUUGAUAGCAGUUCGUCUUGGACUAACGAAGCUUCCCUAGCCAUUGAAAAAUUGGUUCUAGGUAAAACAUUAGAAGGUCGAGUGCAGUUCAGUCUUCAGAACACAAUUUGGGUGGAUCCACUAUUAGAAAAAGAUUUAUUAAGUGGUGUUCAAACAAAAACAUAUGUCCUUGACGUUGGAAGAGAUCUUAUUUAUCUUGGCUAUGGAGAAAAGAACAGCAAACAUGUUUCUAAUCUCCGUAAUUUAUUGUAUGACGUCCAUGGACGACCUAUGGAUACAAAUACUCAAUCAAAAAUGUUGCCAAGGUCCAUGAUUGAUAUUGAUUCUGAAUAUUUGCAUGAUGAUUAUUACGAAGAUGUCUAUAUUUCUUCGGUUGUUAACCCUGGUUUAUUUUAUGUCCAAAAAGUUGAAAGUUUUGAACUCAUUAAAAAGCUUGAUAAUAAAAUACAAGCAACUAUGGCAGUAAAAAAAUUAGAACCAAACAAAGAAGUGUUGCCUAUUGGAUAUAUUUGUGCAGCUCAAUAUAGUUCAGAUAAAAAAUGGUAUCGUGGAAAAGUGUGCGGUGUAAAUACAGAAAAUAAUGAAUAUGAUAUUUUUUUUGUUGAUCAUGGCGAUAGAGAGUGGUUAAGUAGAGAAAAAAUUGCUUUGGCUUGGGAUGAUUUAUUAAAUCAACCAUUUCAUGCAAUUGAGUGUACAUGCUCAGGUGUUCUUCCAAAUGAUGAAGGAUGGACAGACCUUGAUGGAGAAAUUAUGUGGGAAAUUAUUGUCAAUCGUUUAUUGAAUGUUAAGGUUCUUUCAACACUUGCAUCAACAUAUAUUGAUGGAAUGAUACAAUAUGAGGUGGAAAUAAUUGAUAAUACAUGCAAUCCUAGUGUAAAUAUAAAUCACGAACUUGUGGUAAGAGGUGCUGCAAAAGCUUCUCUGCAAUGUUUAAAGGAACUCUUCCCUAAUGCUACAUUAAAUCAAACCAACGAAUUUCAGAGUCUCUUGCAAAGAUGUGACAAUAUAUGUGUUGAAAUUUAUAAAGAACAGAAAAUUGAAGAUAAGCUAAUAAAGUGCAAUCAACUAAAGAAUAUUGUUUUAGACAUCAAGAAGGAUGAUAUGGUUAAACAAGGAUGUGUCUACUCUGUUUGUAAACUUUUUUCAUUGGCAAAAGAUGAUGCCUUGAUCAAAAUUCUUUUGGAGUGUUUGCAGCACUUCAUUUUGCUCAACAAACAAAAUUGCAUCAUUUUCUUUGAGGAGAACACAUUGAAAAUCUUAUGUGUUUUACUUAAAAAGACUGAUAAUGAAGAAUUGCAAAACUUGAUUUUCAAUAUAAUUCCCAAUUUUUGUGAUCAAGAAAGGUUUCUUCAGUGUUUAAAUGACAAUGGAUUUGUUAACUCAAGCUGUAGAAUAUUAAAAACAACAUCAAAUUCAGAGAUUAUUCUUUCCAUACUAAAAGGGAUUUACAUUACUCUGAAAAAAGAUGAUACAUUUGCUGGAGCCAUACGGCAUGAGGGAGCACUUGAUACAAUGAUGCAUUUUCUUGAAAGAAGGAACAAUGAUGAGAUAGUUUUACAAACUUUAGAAACACUCAGUGUUUCUCUUUCAGGAUUUAGAAACCAAGAAUACUUUUGUAACAUUGGUGGUUUGAAAUCUUUGUUCAUGUUAAUAAAACAAAAACCAUCUGAAAAGAUCAUACAACCAGUGCUACAAAUUUUUCAAGAGUUUGUAAGUUGUAAUGAAAAAAGCAGAGACUACCUGCAUAAAUUGGCUGUUCAUGACCAACUAAAAAUAUUUGUAUGUCUUCCAAUGAGAUUUAGUGUUAGUACAAAGAAACUUAUGAACAGUUUGAUUGCUCAACUCUCACCCAUUCCAAAAUCUUAUAAAGUAAUGGAAAAAAAAGAAAGUGUCAUUAAUUCAAAAAUCGUUGAAUGUUCAGAAAAAGAAGUUAUUAAAAUAUCAAAUGUAACUCCAAAAGUGCUAUGGUCACAGCGAAAUGAUACUGUUACGCUUUCGGUUCAAUUGCGUGAUGUGAAAUCAGAAGAGACAGUGUUUACACCAACAUCACUAAAAUUCAGAACUAUAUUAAAUCAGGUGGAAUAUGUUUUGGACUUACAACUUUAUAGGCAAAUAGUUCCUGAGAAAUGUUGUGUAAGUAAAAAAAGUAGUGAAGUACUUAUCAUUCUUUAUAAAGAUUUGAGUGAAAUUUGGUUGAGGUUGCCUAAAUCUCCAAAAAAAGCUUCAAACAUUUCCAUUGAUCAUGAUCGUUGGUGUGAUUCUGAAGAUGAUGAUGAAGGAGCAACUUUUGAAACAUGGUACAGAACUGGAUGUCUACCUCCACCACCUAAAUGUACAGCUUAUCAACCUGGUGAUCGUCUUUGUGUUGCUCCUCUAAAUGUAUCUGAUAGUUCAAGUGAUGAACAGACUAGUGAUUCAGAUGAAGAUUUCUCUUCUAAAGAUUACUUCAGUUUUUAGAAGAUUUUUAAACAUUAAGAGUAUUUUAUGCUGAAAAAUAUAAAAAACGAAAAUUUUAAACAAAUAUUGCAGACCAGAUAUGCUGGGUGUUUAUAAAUAUUGCAGACCUAUAUGCUGGGUGUUUACUAAAGUACAAAGUUUCUAGUAUCCAGAUAAGAAAUGUUCAGAAAAAAAUUGCGUUUUGAAGUGUUACUUCAUAACUAAAUUUCAAGUCAGACAAAUAAUUAAGUUUAUGAUUGGUUGACUUUUUUUUUUAUAUUUAUGAGUGGUUGUCUCAUUUUUUUUUAUAUUUUUAAUUUUUUUAAUGAAGAGUUAUUUUUGUGCUACAUUAUCUUCUGUUUUUUUAUGUUCUGUGUUUUAUGUUCUAUUUGAUUUUGUUUUGUG